AUGAAGUUUGUGCUCGCUUUUCACCUUGCCUGCAUUUCAGUGAUGUUGAUGUUCCAGAUUGUCAGCACGCAGCCACACUCUCCAAAACGCCAAGAGGUGAAGUACUAUGCAAUACAUUCCUUAUUUCUUCCAUUUGUAUUUAUUUAUUUAUACUAUUUUUACAUUUCAAAUUUCUUUCAUAUCACGUCUUCAACGGUUUUUGUUUUCAUAUACUUUUAACGUUCACUUCUGCCUAAUUUAAAUUUUCGCGUGUUAUUCUAGGCAAACCAUAUCGAUCGACUCAAUCGCUAUGACGCGCAGUCAAAACAUAACUCUUGAGGCCUCACUAGCCUCGCUUUCGCGCAGCUAGACCCGGGCCGACCGAGAGAUCCGCCAUAUUUGCAUUCGGUGUAUAUUGCACGCUAUUCUUUAUUUGAAAUUGUAAUGUAUCUUCUACAAACCCUUCCAUCUAAAAUGAUUAAGAAUUUUGCAAAAUAAAAUUACACAGGCCUAUCAAGCGAGAGCUGAGCUUUCAGAAAAUGGAUAUCCGAGGUGUCAAUUUUUACGCAUAAGGUGUUAUUUCCGAUUUAUAUCGCAGGCUCAAAAAUUCAAUAAUUCCGUAUUUCUGGCUUUCACAAGCUUUCACUCAAUAGCUAGGAAUAAAAAAAAUUAUACUGACUUAUACUUAGUUUGUUCAUUUACGUUUAAAUUCCCGGCGGUAGCCAAUAAAUUUUUCCUGAGGUAUAGAGGUGGAAUUUUUUUGUUAGAAAUGCCCUGUAACUUCAGGCCGCCGCAAAAAUUCCAAAAUAUUCCGGGAAUUGCCGGGAAUUUAAUGCAAAUGUCCUUAACAUUAUGUGAAUAAACUAGGAACGUUUCAGCGCGGGAUUAUAAAUCUUCAUCUUUUUACAUCGAUUUGCUUUCAGUGCGGUCCAACACAGGCGCAAAAUUACCCUUGAUUCGCCCUUAAUUUUCGUCGCGCUGCACUGUUUUCUUCGUAGAGCACGGAAAGAGGCGGGAAAAGACGAAUAUCUUCGUUUGAACUCGUUGAGUGACGGGCUCUCAAUAUGGCGUCGUAAACAAUGUUUUAGCCUUAGUAACGUGCUAAUUUGCAUAAUAGCCGCCUUUUCUUUCUGUGCCUUAUCUACCAUGGAAUUUUUUGCCGAUCAUUUUAAUAACUCUCGCAAUUUUAAGCAGUUUUCUGGAAAUUAAAAGUGAAAAUGAAUCCGGUAUUUGGGGAACUUAAUUUCAACUGUCUAUCGGUUCAGUCGGUACCUUAAUUUUCAGCAUUUCAUGUACAUGUAUUUUAGCUUUUUCAUCUUUCAUCUUAAACCGUAGUCAGAUACGAAUAUAUUAUAUUUUUUGUAAUACACACAGUGACUACUCCUCAGUCAUUUUACUUCUUUAAUACUGAUUGCGUUUAAAUAAAGGAUAUUCAUUUAUUCAUUCAUUCCUUCAUUCAUCUGUCUCAGGAUUGUGUCACGGCGGACGUGGGAGGUUGGACUCUCUGUGAAUCUCCUCUGUACGUAAAGGGAUUUUGGAGAAAUGACCCGCAACAAGACUCUUAUCCCAGUUCUCUCCGCUGCGAUGCCGCCAUUACCUCGUAUGAUUCGUGUCGAUGUGAGGAAGAUUGGUAUAUUGAUUUGACGACGGAUAGGUAAGUAGUCAAAGAAACUAUUUCUUUUAAAUUAUUUCGGCAUUAUUAAUUAUAAAGUGCUUGAUUAAUCUGGAACCUUACAUUGGACUUUUCAUGAUGCGCUUUGUCAGCUUAGUCGUCUUUUCUCUUUAUUAGUAUGCCUGAUCAGCUAACGUUAAGCCAGAUCUUUAUUAUUAUUAUUAUUAUUAUUAUUAUUAUUAUUAUUAUUAUCUUGGGGAAUUUAACAAUAUCUAGCAGCCAUCUGAUUUUCUACUAUGUACUGAGGACUUAGGACAUGUCGUUUGUUGGGUGGAAUGAUUAAAUUGUAGUCGUUUUGCACAUUUUAAGCUUAUUGUGUUCAACAUCGCCCUUGAAUUAAAAAGAGUAGGUGCGGUCUUACCAGACGUCUUCCCCAGGGCUCCCCAUGAGGAAAUAGCUUGGGUUAGGUUCACACUGGGUUUUGAUCGAUUUCAUGUUUGCGGUUACAUAGACGUAGCCAUAAAUCAGGGGCACCCGACGUCAAUUUUCGGUAAAAAUAUCUGUUCGGAAGACGAUUUGAGAUCUAGAAUUUUCGGAACAUUUUUUGUAAAAUUUCUUACUUCCCUUCCCUCGUAGGAUUUUCGAACAUCUAAAAAAUGGUAUAAUUGUCCAUUUUUAACGGAUUUUUACACUAAAAAGGUCACCUAGGAUUUUCGGUAGCAUUUUUCCCGGCUAAAAUUUUCGAAAAUGUAAGUUUUGAUACCUAUAAUUUUCGGAUCACUAGACUUUUAGCUAGGAAAUCCGAACAGAUGAAAAAUUUUUAGGGGAUCAAAAUAUGCCUAUAUAUCUACCGUUUAAAUACUACAAUACGUUAAACAAUGCUAUGUUUAAGUGGUUUUGAGCUAUACUCUCGUUGCGUGCUCCUGAUAAAUUGCCCGCGGGAAGAAAAUACUUGAACCCGGUUUCCCGGGAAAACGUCGUUUUAUGAAACAUCACUGAAGGCUGAUGAAAAUCGUAAAUGUCUUCGACUAUUUUACCCAACAAAACCUCCACAUCAGUCUCUGAAGCUUAGACUAAAAACGGAGACGUCUAUUUCAUUCACGAUUAAAAGAAAGGCAUUCGGCAAAUUCUCGCUCAAUAGUCAACGGUUUUACAGAAAUGGUUUCAACGAUUUCAUAAGGAAAGAACUGAACUCUUGAACGCUGAUGUAAAGAAAACUUGCGAGUGUUUCAAGGUGCUUUUGAAUGUACUUAAAGUAAAAACAUGAAAAACAUUCACAGCAGUGCUCAAAAUCCUGCUGAAUUUUCAAACUUUGAGUUCAGUUACCGCGUAGGAUUUGGCGCCAAGAAAAACACGUGAUCUCUACUGCUUGGCACAUUUCAAUUUCUCGUGAUUGUUUGGGCCGCUUUGGGUUUUUAUUAACCCAUAGAACUUACCUCGGUAACUGUCAUGGGUAAUUCUUUUCUUCUUUUUGACGUAUCCAUGGAAAUUUUCCCGAGACAAUUUUACCUUGAGGAAAUCGGUCACACACAAAAAGUAGCUUCCUUAUGGGCAACAGCCAUUUGCCCAUUGGUAAAAUCGCUGGUAUGACCCUGCCCACUAGUCGAAUAUGCAAUACAUUUUUCCCAUUUUGAGACAAAAACACUUAAAAUCCUGUCACAUUACAGAGGUAAAUUGUGAUAAAAUUCUGAGGUAUUGAAUCGACUAAAAUUGUUGGUAUUCAAGAAGUACCGUUGAAAUAUCUUCAUUGAUAUUGAAAUAUCAUUAUUUAUUUAGGUUAGCUUUGCAUUUUUUUUGGUUUUUCAGCAGGAAUAUUUCUUGUCCCAAUGCUUUCUUCGUGUCGGGCCUCUAUUUCCCUUCGACAGGAAACCUGUAUUUCACUCAUAUAUAUUGCUGUCGUCCUCUUAAUCACCCCGAGAGAAAUGAAGAGUGCUACGUCGAAGAUGUUUUUAGUACCUCGUUCAACGGUGUGGGCAUGAGCGAAUGUCAAAGAGAAGGCUAUUUCAUUACCGGCUUCUACGAAAAGAGUUACGACUUCACUCCUCGUAUUGAAAAGUUUAUAUGCUGCAAAAUGGCAGGUAAUUGUGUCCUCUUCGUCACUUCCAUACCUGAUUGUAGGAAAUUAUAA